UUUCUUUUUGUUUUUUAGAACAAGGGUAAAAUUCCAUUCUGAUAUCAAAAUGCAGUAUUCGCACCACUGUGAGCACCUUUUAGAGAGACUGAACAAACAACGGGAAGCAGGCUUUCUUUGUGACUGCACUAUAGUUAUUGGAGAAUUCCAGUUUAAAGCUCAUAGGAAUGUUCUUGCCUCGUUUAGUGAGUAUUUCGGUGCGAUCUACAGAAGCACUUCUGAGAACAAUGUCUUUCUUGAUCAGAGUCAGGUUAAGGCUGAUGGAUUUAAGAAACUGUUGGAGUUUAUAUACACAGGAACUUUAAAUCUUGACAGUUGGAAUGUUAAAGAAAUUCAUCAGGCUGCUGACUAUCUCAAAGUGGAAGAGGUGGUCACUAAAUGUAAAAUAAAGAUGGAAGAUUUUGCUUUUAUUGCUAAUCCCUCUUCUACAGAGAUAUCUAGUAUUACUGGAAACAUUGAAUUGAAUCAACAGACUUGUCUUCUUACUCUACGAGAUUAUAACAAUCGGGAGAAAUCGGAAGAGUCUACAGAUUUAGUUCAGGCAAAUCCUAAACAAGUGGCUUUGGCAAAGAAGUCAUCUCAAACUAAGAAGAAGAAGAAGGCCUUCAACUCCCAGAAAACAGGGCAGAAUAAAACAGUGCAAUAUCCCAGUGACAUUUUAGAGAAUGCAUCUGUUGAGUUAUUCCUAGAUGCAAAUAAAUUAUCCACACCUGUAAUAGAACAGGUUGCACAAAGAAAUGAUAAUUCAGAACUCGAGUUGACAUCAAUUGUGGAAAACACUUUUCCAGCACAAGAUAUAAUGCAAACUGUUACAGUGAAACGGAAACGUGGAAAAUCACAGCCAAACUGUGCUCUCAAAGAACACUCUAUGUCUAAUAUAGCCAGUGUCAAGAACUCUUAUGAGCUGGAAAGCUCUGGGGAAGAGCUGGAUCAGAGGUAUUCCAAGGCCAAGCCAAUGUGUAACACAUGUGGGAAAGUGUUUUCAGAAGCCAGCAGCUUGAGAAGGCACAUGAGAAUACAUAAAGGAGUCAAACCUUAUGUUUGCCACUUGUGUGGAAAGGCAUUUACCCAGUGUAACCAGCUGAAAACGCAUGUAAGAACUCAUACAGGUGAGAAGCCAUACAAAUGUGAGUUGUGUGAUAAAGGAUUUGCUCAGAAAUGCCAGCUAGUCUUCCAUAGUCGCAUGCAUCAUGGUGAGGAAAAACCCUAUAAAUGUGAUGUGUGCAAUUUACAAUUUGCAACUUCUAGCAAUCUCAAGAUUCAUGCAAGGAAACAUAGUGGAGAGAAGCCAUAUGUCUGCGACAGGUGUGGACAGCGAUUUGCCCAAGCCAGCACCCUGACCUAUCAUGUGCGCAGGCACACUGGAGAGAAGCCUUACGUGUGUGAUACUUGUGGGAAGGCGUUUGCUGUCUCUAGUUCUCUUAUCACUCAUUCUCGGAAACACACAGGUGAAAAACCAUACAUAUGUGGUAUUUGUGGGAAAAGUUUUAUUUCCUCAGGAGAACUCAACAAACACUUUCGAUCCCAUACAGGUCUGUGUUUAGGGAGAACGUAUUAUUUUUUAAAGAACAUUGUGAAGAGAAUAGCAAAAAUUUUUUCCCCUUCCAUUUCAGGGGCAGAUAAAAUUCUAGACUCUAGUAUGGAGGAUCAUCCCUUGAGUGAACAGGAUUCCAUACAAAAAAGCCCUUUAUCAGAAACUUUGGAUGUGAAGCCUUCUGAUAUGACUUUACCACUAGCUCUUCCACUUGGGACUGAGGACCACCACGUGCUCCUUCCUGUCACAGAUAACCAGUCUCCUACAUCGGAUACAUUGUUGAGGUCAACAGUGAAUGGAUAUUCAGAACCACAGUUGAUUUUUUUACAGCAGUUGUACUGACUUUGUGAGGAUUAUGGAAUUGCUAAGACAUUUCUGGUAGUAAACGCAAGUACUUUUGGUCAGGUGCAUAUACUCAUCUUAAAUUACCGUUUGAGUUGUGACCAUUUUUUUUUCAUUCACUGAAGUAAAAGCACCUGAUGCUGCAUCAUAACUGUGCAAUGCCUGUUUUGAUUUUUGGCUUUUAUGUUCAGAUUAGACACACAGCUUUUUUAAGGAAUAAAUUAUAUUACGGUAGCACUAUUUUAGGUAGUUAAGUUUCAUUUUCUUUUAGAGCUGCCUUAAUUCUUUUUUUUUUUUUUUUCCAUUUUACAAUUGCCCUUCAUUCAUUAAAAGUGGAACCUGUCAGUUGAUACGAUUCAGUUUUGACCUGUGGGAUUUAAAAUUUUUCUUCCCCUCAAACUUUAAGCAAAAUCCAUGAUGGUAUCAGCCCAAGAGUGUUGCAGUUACCAAGCCCCAUAGACCAAAACAUAAACUGGGGAAAAAUAUAAAACUUCAUAUUUCUGCCUAAGUAAAUUUAGGUACUGAAUAAGAAUUGUGCUAUUUAUUAACUUAUUCCACUGGAGGUAACUUUUCUAAUGAAACAAAAAGAACUGUUUCUUUUAAAAGCUAGAAAAUUAUAUGAAAACUUAGAAUGAAAUAUUCUGGAGAAAACUAGUGGUCAGUACUUUUGAUUUGGGUUAUCAAACUACAUUUUCAACAUGAAUUUAAAUAGAUAUUUGGUGUUUUUACCUUGUUAAAAAGACAGUUUCUAAAAAUUUUCAUAAGCCUCUCUUAUACCUGUUAUGCACUUUUUAAAAUAUUAAAUUCUAAAAAUUUAAUAUUUUAAAUAUAAGUAUUUUUUAAAUAUAAACAACACAUACUAUGAAUCACUUGGCUUCUGAAUUUGAUACAUUAUAUUACAUAGAUUUAAGAAAUUAACUUCAGUUACAAGUAAACAUUUGAGUUAUGAAAAAGCCAAUUUAUUAAACAUUUUAUAUUUGUGUUUUCUAUAAGUUUUGAGUUUUAAAAUUUUAUAAAUUAAACUACAUUUGAUGGUUGUUGUAGUUUCACAGUAGUCCUUUUCCUUCCUAAUGGACGUAGAAAAUUCAGUACUGUUCUGGUAUUUCCCCACCCUGCUUUUCCCACGUGCUGCUUUAUUUUACUGCCUGUUCUUUGGACUUUAAAUGAUCAGUUCCACAAAGUCCAUUUCUACUGCUGAUCAAACUCCAUGGAGACUUAUUUCUGCCAUGCAAUAGUUAUGGCUUGUGUUUGGUUUUAAACUACACCUGUAAUAAUAAAGUUCAUGUAUUUUCUA